CCAAAUAUCACUGGUUCGAAUAUUGCAUAUCGAAUUGCAAUAUUAAACAUGUAGAAGCAAUAUCGACUUCUUAAAUUAAUAUUAUUUUUCAGAAUUACUAUGGAGAAAUUAUAUCUUUGUGCAAACUAUAUGAGACUGGUUCUUUUAAUGUUUUAGUCGGGAUAACCGCUACAUUUUAAAAUUCUUCAUAAUCUGGCAUGAUUGGAUCCAAUGAUCAUUAUACAAGAUUGUGUUUAAUAGGGUGGCUCAUUUCACCACUUUUUGGCGUGUUAAUGAAUUUGUAGGACAAUGACAGGUCUACAUCUACACUCAUCACAAUCUACACAUCAUAUAAAUGUGAAAUGUGAAAUGAGAAAAGAGGGAUUCCAUUUCAAAUUUGAUGCGUACAGAGCAAUUUUUUAGGGGUAAAUUUAGAAGAUGCCAGUGCGGUCGGUCUGUUGAGCACGAAAGUAAAAAUAUAUUUUCAUUUAAACGGGCCCAAACUGUUAUUUGGCCCACUAAUUGUGCACACAUCGCCAAUGCAGUCAAAUUCGGGAUUUUGAUCGUAAAAUCGUAGGAUUUUAGGAUUUUACUUAGGGAUUCCGAUCUUUAUUUUACUAUAAAAUCGGUGGACCUUAAAAUCGUUUAAAAUCGGGAUUUUGAUUGUAAGAGAACAAAAUAGGUGGUUUGAGCCAAUUUAAAAUAAGUAUAAUUGUUUCAGCGGAAAGGGCAAUGGAAUCUUCUCAGAUAUUUUUCUAUUAGAAAAAUAUUCAAAAAUAAUAAAAAUAACCAAAUUAGGGUUCGGUUAAUCUCUUUCCCUUCACCCCAUUUAACUUAUUGGUAAAACACCUGUCCUAAUAUUGGAAGUAUGUAAGAACUAACAUCAUUAUUAACUAAUUAAUUUAUUAAUGAAUAUAUUUGUACCAAGCCACUAACAUUACUUAUUUUAUUGGAGUUCAAUUAUUUUUAGUUUUAAAUCAUACUUAGUAGACGAUGUCGAAAUAUUACUUUGAGUUAAACAACCUACACAUAACAUGAAAAUAAGAGCCAAACCCAUGAACUAUAUCCCUUCAUCAUGAAUUAUUUUGAGUUACACAUUAAAUAACAAUUAAAAUAGUGAUUUUGGAACAUUAAUCUUGAGAAUUAUCUUAUGGAAAAAAAAUCUUCUGAAUUAUCAUUUUAAAUGCUAUGUGUCUUUGUGAUAUUAAUAAUUUACCUUAUUAAUAUCCUUAUAUGCUAUGUUCUAUAUGGUACUUAAAAUCCUACGAUUUUACGAUUCGAUUAUACGAUUUUGAUUUUACCCCAGUUUUCGAUUUUAGGUAAAAUCUCGAUUUUAACUGAUUUGCCCAUCGCAGCCUCUCCAAAUCUUCCUAUUCUACUCGCCGGGUCAUCUCCUCCACUACAAAAUAUCUCCUCAUGUACUCAAAGUUCUAACUGAAACCUAAUAUCUACAACUUAGGCGCAGAGGGAGCAACCGAUGGAUUGUAGCGACCCCCACUAUUUUGAUAGCUAAUCAAGAAGAGCGCGUUUGUUUAGUUGUAUGGUGAUUCACUUAAUUAACAAUUUUUAUUCCGUUGACAGCCUCCUCUCCGCAAUUGUAUUGUGUUCACGAAGAUCUGAAGGCGCAAGUGCAACAGGUCUAGGGGUAAACAAUAUGUAUAAAGCGUUGGCCAAAUUGAAUUGAGUCAUUCUACUUGGAAUAUGAAGAUUUUUUGCUUAAUUGCUUUGGUUCGUGAUGCAACUAUGUUAUGUUUGAAGGUAGACCAACGCAAACAACAGCACAGCUCCAGGGCUAUUCUGCACAUUAGGUAGUUGGGGCAUUAAUUGAUAAUUAUUUGGGAUUAUUCCUACAAGUACAUAAUUUGGAACGUGCCUUUAUAUUGCAUUGAUUAAUAGUUGUUUGAGAUUUUUCAAAUGAGUGAUUUGACAUGUUAAACUCUCUUAUUUUUGAAAAUGGAGUCUUCGAAGUGGAAUAUGAAGAUUUUGGAUUAAGCUUGGUUUCGUAACACCCUUAUGGGUGUUUAUUCUCUAAAAUGCAGCUGUCUUUCAAAGUGCCCGUUGCAAAUGGCAAGUCAGGAUACAACGAUGGUACUGGUACACGUUUAUAUCAUUAGUAGGUAGCAGAUUGUGUCCAUUCUACUAUAUCAUUUAGCUAAAUACUUAGUUGUUCUUUUCAACUAAAAAUUAUGCUUAAAUGUUGUGAUUGACCUCAGAAAUGUAUGUCUUUGCAUUAACUGUUAAUGAUUGUGAGUUUUGGUUUAAUGGUGAAAGUCCAUUUAUUUAGAAGUCUAAAUUGGGCAAACCUAUUGGACAAUAGGAAUGCCAUACAUUAGUGUCGUGGGAGGUUUGUUUGAUGUCUCAGGGUGUUAGAUUUUUAAGAAGGUUGUUUGUUGUGGCAGAGAGUCCCUAAAGCUAGCGAGGUAUUCCUAUGUGGGCUUUUUCUUUGUUUGACUUUUUCUCGCCUUUUUUCUUAUCUCUUUUUCUAUUUUUGGUUUUUGUGUGCUACCUUCAGUUGCUACGUCUUCAUUUGUGAGCCAUCUAUACUUUUCUUAUUCAGUGCCUAAAAAUCAUAUAUACUCGAUUGCAUAGUAGUUACUAAUAGAUACAUUUAUACCAAUAGAGAGAUUUUAAGUUUUAUCAGUUGUUAGUUUUAAUAUUUACUUACAUUGGUUGUUUAUGUAGUUUUCUUUGUAAUAUUUCUCAUUAUACAACUAAUUACUAUGGCUACGUAGUUGUAUAAGUGGGGGUUGGACAUGAUAGUUCUUAGAAGCAUCAAUACUUGAAGGUUAUUAUAAUGACCAAAUUCUAAAGUUAUGGUUUGCCUUCAACUUGCUUGGAGCAUUUCAAUUAUGCAUCAAUUGUUCUCUCCGUGUAGUUAACUCUCAGACAAAUCGAAAAUCUUGCUGAUAUGUGCUUGAUUGUAGUUAAAUUUAGGGUUCUACUGCAUUGUUGCUUUACUCUUUUUUCGUAGUUGAGUCUGCUUCCAAAAAUUUAGUUUGAUUUUAGAAAAUUUUGCUUCUGCAGUCCUGUCUGAGGCGAAGGCUAUUUUUGUGUUGUUGUUGCUGGUUUAGGGAUCGGUUUGUGAAGAAGAGGGAGAAGAGAGGGGGAAAGGGAAAUGCAGGAGAGGGGGAUAACUCUUUUCUCCGACAAAAAUGGAGUGAAGAAAGGAAUUAUGAUCAGUAAGAAUAUGGUUAUCUUACAUAACGGUCUCUAUUCUGUUUGAAUUGAGCUUGAGAGGUAGUGAUAAGGACGAGCUGCAACCAAUUCAUAGUGAGAAGAGAGCUAUGAACUGUGAUCAUGUCUUAUUUCAAGUUAGAAGGUAGUUUCAGUAUAAGGAUUAUUUAAUUUGACAAGUUGUUUCGUCCAUGAUUCUUGGUAGUUUCAGUGCCAUUCUAGCCAAUGUUUAGUCUGUAAUUUUUGAGAAUUGAUGUGCGAGUAAUGACUUUCACUUAGCUUCAACUAUUAUGUGUGUAUUUAUUGGCAUGUGAUAGAAUUCUCUUUUCCUUUUCAUUGAAUUCAUUUUCAUACUCUAAUUGUAUUAUUUGUACAUAGGCAAAUCAUGCUCGAGAUGGCAACUCGCUGAUAUGGCUGGUGCAAGGAAUGAAGCCAUCAUUAGAAUUCAGACCGACAACGGGGAGGGAUGCCCAGGACUAAUUCAAUGAUGAUUGAUGAUGGUAUAAUAAAAACUGCAGUUUGCAUCAGCACCAAUUUCUAGGCCUAAGUAAAGGUAUUCAACCCAGAACUCUGCUUAGCGCUAAAAAUUGCCCUCACCCAACCUUGAUCCUGUUUGACCCACUACUGAAGAGUCAAGAUAUAUGACUAAUCCUCCCCGUUCGUAUUUUCUUAUUGACUCUUUCUGACCCUGUAGGUUGGGGCGGGUCGGGAAGAAUUGAAUUAGUGAGUCGGUCCUAAUCAAGUGGAAUCUCAAUCCCUUCACUCUCACUUGCUUUCUCUCUCAUUCCACAAGUGGGUAACAUACAGUAAUUCGGCCAACGGGCCGGGUAAUAAGCUAGUAUAUUUAAAAAACAUUUGGAAGGCGGGAAGAAGGUCCAUGGUAUCCUUUUCUUUUUUCUGAAUAUUCUAUCUCCAACGACGCCGUAUCCUUGUACGGUAACCAACACACGCUGACACUAGGUUUAUAUCGUGAAAGACUUCAAGUUGGCCGCCGCCGCAAAGGCCGAAUCCCAAAAAACGUUCAACUCUCUUCACUCAGCGCCAACCCGCCUCCGUCCCUUUCCCUCCGCCGCUCAGCCGAACAAAAAUUCGUCCCGUUCUCAAAGUUCCCGAUAAGCAGCACAAGUAGCCAAAAGCUCCCUUCCGACGGAUACCCUGUAAUCAUGCUGGCAAAGGUAAAAUCGGAGGGCAACUUGGAAGCAGCAGCAGCAGCCGGAGGCAGGGGAGAAGGAACAGCAAUCGGCGGGCAAAAGAGUAUCAGCCGCCGCAUUCCGGAGGAAGUAGCAGUAGAUGAGAAGAAGCCUUCGACUUCUAAACCGGGCAUUGUGAUUGCCGAGGACCCAGAUGGAGUUCUCGUCGACGUCGUGACUUUUGCCGCCAUUUCUGCUGCUCCUGCUCCCCCGCCGCCAAACAAGGCUGAUUUGGACGCCACCGAGCACUCCAGUUCGUUCGCGGACUCGCUCUCUGACACGGAUAAAUGCUUCUUUGGCAACAGCGAAGGGGAAGUGGAGUCGGAGUUUUCCGGUGACGGCGAUAUUGCUUCUCCGUUCGAUGCUUUCAGUAGCUUGUUCUACUCCAGGAAGAAAAAGGUAUCGAAUCACUGGAGGAAGUUCAUACGGCCCCUCAUGUGGCGUUGCAAGUGGGCAGAGCUCAAAAUCAAGGAGAUUGAGUCUCAACACAUGAAGUAUUCUGGGGAACUCGCAGCCUAUGAACAAAGAAAACAAUCAGGAGUCUAUCAGUCAAUUCCUGAAGGGUUCUGUGCAAAAUCUCUGCCAUUUUUGAAUGCAUGUUACAGAAGGAAGUCCAAGAAGAGGCGAAAGAGAAAGAGAGUCGAGGACUCAAUGGAUAUAUUAUCAUCGUCGUCUUUCUUGCCUGAUCAUCCCUUUUUUUCUUACUUUGAAAGCAAGAGAGCUACUGCAGAUGGAGCUUCUGUGGUUGACGAAUUCGAUCCUAUAGCAUUCACAGACGCACCACGUACCGACGCCAAAGACCAAUUGGUGGACACCAGCAUCGAGCUGCCAUUUGCAUUCGGAGACUCCGACGCCUAUCUGGAGAUCAUCCUGCUGAAAAUCGAAUCAGUGCACUCUCACGUCCACAAAUUGAAGGACCAGCUCGAUUCAGUGAUAACGAACAAUGCCGCCAAGUUCUCUUCAUGGGACAACCUCUGCCUUCUAGCGCCUUGUGGCGACGAAGGGCAGUCGAGCUCAGCUCCCAGCCCCGUGUUGUCGGUUGGUGGGUUCGAUGGCGAGACGAUGUCUCCCUGUGGGGAUAGGUAUACGGAGGGAAAUCAGCCUGGUUAUGAUAUGAGCGAGCUGGUUCUGCCUGGGAGUGCAGUGUCGAGUUUCGGAGAGGCGGUCCAUGUUCCUGAUGUAAUUGAGAGCACGGUGGGGAUGUUGGCUGAUGCUGAAGUAACGUUUCAUGAGCCCCAGAUUGAGCAUCCCUGUGAAAAUGUGCUGGAAAAUGUCCUGAUAAAAAAUGAAGCAGCGGAUAACACAGAUGCUUUCAUGGGGACGACGACGAUGACGACGACAAAUUGUAAGCUGAAAGAAGAGGAGGAGCAUCAUCAUCAUCGCAGCGAAGCGAUUGAGAAAGGCCACAAACCAACAGCAGUAGAGGAAGAAGAGAUCACGAAUGGACGUCAAGUUCUAAUAACCACCUCCAAGACCGAGGAAUUGGCUACAGGAGGGGAAUCGUCAUCGGUGGCCACUCUGAAAUCAUGCUUGGCGUUAGAGGUGCAGAUCCCCACGAACAAGAGGAAGCGAGGGGAGCGUAAAGCCGGCCCCGGAACUGGCGGCUGGAACAAGAAAUCCUCAGGUGACGAUGAUGCUCCCCCUAACUAGCUACUGUUGAUGCUGUAGUUCAUCUAUGUCCUCGAUGAAUUCUUUCUUAUCAAGAACAUCAUGGUUUUUACACAGUUCGUACAUCAUGGUUAUGCUAUGGUUUCCCGCCUUUUAUUUUUCCUCUUCUACUGGGUGGUUUUGACCGGCGCCGAUGAAUCGAAACUUUUACUGUCGCGGCGGAGAUAUCCGCAAAACUGAAUCUCGGCCGGAUUUUUGUCGCGGUAGGAUCGUCGAACUCGUUCUCGAUAAUAACCGACAUCUGUUUAACGCGCGGGAGGGGAAAACGGUUAACGCGAGUGACACCGCGAUGGGCUGGCGUUGCUAUGGGCCCGUGGAGGUGAAGCGUAUCUUGGGACGGCCCAAAAUCAAGCAAACUAGUGAGUGGAUCCGACCCGAAUGAAUGAAAAGAAAACAGUACACGUAGAAGAAGACAAUAGGUAAUCUGAAGUUCAUAGUUAGACUGAGAGAGAAUAAUUGUGUUAUUAAGUGGGCAACCCGAUCAGAAUCAGACAAAAGUGGAGGAAUGCACAUUUAAAUAGAGAUAUAUCCAAUUGAUCAUCUCAUUCUCAUCCUCUGAAGUACGUACCGCACAGUUUGUUAACGAGACUAGUUUUUUUUUUGUCUGGCAUAGUUGACGUGGUGAUGCCUUUGGAGGUGAAAACGCAUCUUCGGCCCGACCCAACACAGUAAGCGAAAUUAGUGAAUGGAUCCUGCCAAAAAAGAACGAAAAAUCAGAAAGAGGCACACACAUAGAGGUCGAUUAGUAAGUAUAUUAGUUAUAGAGAAAGAUUGUGUGAUUAAGUGGGCAAUUCAAUUAGGCGAAAGCGGAGGACUAUAUCUAUAUGUUCAAACAGAGAUUGCCAAGUAAGAUUGGAGACAUUCCCGAAUGAUGAUCCAAUCCUUUAUAGCAUGAACCGCACAAUUUGUCAACGAGACUAGUUUCUUUUCCCUGCUUAAACCGCAAACCCGCAUCGAAUAUCAAGCACCUCUAUAUCUUGUUAUUAAUACUACUUCAAGUCCUAGACCCAUGUCGACGAUCGACAUGAAGCAUGCACAUUCAAUGCCUACUAGGCUACCGCCCCACAUAUCUCAUCCUCAUCAAUUCCCAAUAGAUAGAUGUAUCCACCUAUACAUCAUUCAAUUCCAAACUACACACACCCUUCAACAAUUCAAUCAUGGCAUUGGGGGAGCUAUGGGGCAAAGGGGACCGUUAUUGUCCCAUUUUAAAUUGGCAACUAGUGUAAUGGCACGCUCAUUUACUAACGUGGAAGGAAAGAAGGAACCAAUAAUUGAUAUUGAAAAUUCAACCAGAAAACCAAACCCACUUGUGGCUGGUGUGUUGUGCUUAAAACCAGGUAGUUGUAGUUGUGUUCUUCCUUCCUGUGAGGAAGCUAGACCAGCCGACAGCUUCUCCACCGUUGCUGCUGCUGAAUUGUAUAUAUAUAACAGCAGUACGAGCCAAAGAGGAGGAGGAAGAAGAAGAUCCUUCCUUCAUCGGAUCCGCCUGAGAAAGAGAGAGGUUAGUAAAUUAAUUUGGAAGCAACGCCGGCAUCCACGGGUCGCUUUGCUGACUGCUUUGCUUCUGUUUUGUUCAUUACUUUAUCCACUGGUGGCUUGUAUACCGGCGGCGAAGUAGGAUCGUCGGAGGUAGUCAGCCGUUGGGGUCAACGCAUGACCGUUGUGUUAGAGAAGAUUCAUUAUUGAACCGCUCUCAUCGUUGUUAUCGGGAUUAAUUAGUUCUUUGAAAUAGUAUCAGAUCUGUCUGAAAUAUUUUCUAUUCGAAUCCUAACAACUUUAAUUGUUGAAUUCAUAAUGUUCGGAUCGGUACGAACUUCAACCUCAUAAGAAUUGGCUUUACGGCAACCAGUCUUACUCGGAGGCUUACAUAUUUAUGCUCUUGCUCUACUUGGAAAUUGGAAUGACCAUUAAGUAUCUGGUUUCAGUUAAUAUAUUCUAAUAUUUUAU